CAUGUUGAACAACAUAAAUAACAGUAGCCAUUCAUGGCUGUGGUUUGUGGCGAGGCACUACUCUAGGAUUCGUCCUCCAAAGCCUGUCCCUGUUGAAUCAGUGAUCAGGGUGUCCAACAACGUUGCUCGUUUGGGUUCUCGGAAAGAAGGCCCGAAGCCGAGGCAGCUACUGUCUUUGCCACCUUUUCCUGGUCACCCUUUGCCCGGAAGGAACUCAAAUGAAAGUUUUCAAGAUGGGCAGCAACAUGAUGGUUAUGUCACUGCUGUUAAUUGGAUCAAGUAUUACUUCAAGGGCAUAUUGGGUUCUGUCAUUGAGUCUCAUUUCAGGGAGGGUCUUGUCCAAAUGGAGGACCCAAUUUCUGACAAUAAUUUAUCUCAGAAUGAAGAGCCAAGGAGACCCUUGCGAAAGAUUAGACCUAAUGAAGUAAUGAAGCAAGGGGCAAGAAUUCAUAUCCCUGUGUCAAUUGCCGAGGCUAGAAUUUCCAAAAGAUAUGAUGCUAUACCAAGUGGAACACUAUAUCCCAAUGCUGAUGAAAUUAAGUAUCUGCAAAGGCUUGUCAUUUAUAAGGACUUGGCUAUCAUGGUGCUAAAUAAACCCCCAAAAUUGCCGGUUAAGGGGAAUCUGCCAGUUCAUAACAGCAUGGAUGCAUUAGCAGCUGCAGCACUAUCCUAUGAUUAUGAUGAGGGUCCUAAACUGGUCCACCGUCUUGACAGGGAGACCAGUGGCAUCAUUUUAUUUGGCAGAAAAGAAGAAAGUGUGUCUCACCUGCAGUGGCUGUUCAGUAACAUAAACAAUGCAAAAUCUUCUAGUAAGGUUUGGAAUGAUGCAUGUGAAUCUACAUAUCAGAGGUAUUGGGCACUAGUCAUAGGGACUCCCAAGGAGAAGGAAGGUGUAAUUUGUGCUCCCCUUAGAAAGGUGCUCUUGGAUGAUGGGAAGACAGAGAGGGUCGUAUUAGCUCACCAUUCAAGUAUGGAACCGCGCCAAGAGGCUGUAACUGAAUAUCGAGUCCUUGGUCCAAAGAUAAAUGGAUGCUCCUGGGUGGAGCUGCGACCACUUACGUACCGGAAGCAUCAGUUGCGUGUCCAUUGUGCUGAAGCACUUGGCACUCCGAUAGUGGGCGACUACAAGUAUGGUUGGUUUGUACACAGUCGUUGGAAACAAAUGCCCCGAGUUGAUGUCGAGCCAACGACUGGAAAACCAUACAAGAUGAGGAGACCAGAAGGCCUAGAUGUUCAGAAGGGAAGUGUAUUAUCCAAGGUCCCCCUAUUGCAUCUUCACUGCAGAGAACUUGUACUUCCCAACAUAGCUAAGUUUCUUCGUGUUUUCAAUAAGAGUUCAGAAGAACUGCCUCGUUCGCUUAGCGCAGAACCUGAUGUUCUUCGCUUUGUGGCAACAAUGCCAUCGCAUAUGAAAAUUAGUUGGAAUCUUAUGUCAUCAUAUUUAGUCUGAUAAGAGUGCAAGAUGGAAUUGAUUAACUCAUGAGUGAUGUUAUUUGAACAUACAAAGUGGACAUCCAUAGAAAGAGAAAGGCUUGUUCUUCAAUCUUCACUUUGUGGCAACAAUGCAUUCGCACGAGUAUAGUUCGGAAACUUACGAUGGUUAUGGUUCGAAUCUCAGGCUGAUUGGCCUAGAUAUCUACUAUGAUAUCCUUUUUCAAUGCUCAAAUAACAUCACUAUUCUUAAAUUAUCAAGUGAGAAGUCAACUAGCAUUUUUGGACUGGAGCAUCACUGUGACCAAAACCACCUUUAGGCUGAAAAAAGGAACUUAACCAUCUUUGUUGGACCCAAAAUAAUAUCGCAUUUCGGCAUAGUAAUUGUCCUUUUAUUGCUAUACACUACUUUUGAUUGGUAAUAUUGGAUUUGAUCUCUCGUGUUAGUGUUAUAUCUUAUAAAAUUUAAUGGUAAUGUGUUUGUCAGAUA